AUGGUCAGUCAAAGCUGUUACUCGACAGAUCCGCGGCGAUUUGGGCCGAGCCGGGUGAACAUCUUCUCAUACCCGGAGCGUCGGGGGACUGCUUACCCCAUUCAUCCUGACACGAGGACAACUAUUAUGAGUGAGAGGGAUGACGAUGUGACUCCCCAGAGGAAGCGCAUCGCGGUAGCAUGUGGUCGGUGUCGAAAGAGGAAGAUUCGUUGCAGUGGUGAUACUGGCAACGGAGGACCAUGCACCAACUGCAAGAAUGCAGGCCAUGAGCCUUGCCAGUUUCUCAGAGUUGCGUCUCAUGAAGCACCUAUCGUGAAGAGUGAAGGCUUUACUUACAGUCUUGAAGCUUCUCGACAGUAUCAAGCGAGAGGAAGCUCUGCCAUACCGGCUCUGCCUUCGACUGCCCCAGCUUACACUGAUGGCGUGACAUCCUACACCAGUGAUCCAUUUGUCUAUCGUACCCCUACUGCCUAUGGAUAUGGUGCGAAGCCGUACUGCCCCCUUGCAACCUGGGGUCAUGGAUACGCGGAUGAUCCAAGCUACUACAACAGCAUGUACCAAGCACCCUAUCAUGACUCGGAAUAUGCAAUCAGCCAUCGAAUCGCCUCUGGAACCACAGGAAAGUCUGCCCUCUGCGUGGACAUGGAGCCAAACUACAACUACAGUGGCCCAAACAGUGUCACGAGCUUGGUACAUCGACCUGCUCCAGUAACCACGGACUCGGCAAGCCUCGCGUACCAGACCAUGAUGCCAGACUCCACCAAGAGCCUGGGUUAUCAGAAUCUCACUCCUGACUCGAAGAGCCUUGGGUUUCAGAACAUGGCAGUAAGCGUCAACAUGGGGGAUAGGCUACUGCCUGCACCAGUAGGACGGACUGCGCUACCCAACUCGAUGGGCUCGUCUUACAAGAACGAUUCUGGUAGCUCUAUCUACAGCAGCAGUAGUAAGUCGUCGCAAGUUUCGACGUCGGAUACGUCGCCUGUGAGCAGCACCUCCGAGGCGCCCUCGAGUUACACAAGUUACGAGUCCUCAAGCAUGCCCUCCACCUCGGGCUGUCUGCCCUCGUAUCCUGCGAACCUCGCUCAUCACUACGGCCGCCAAAGCAAUGACUACUACUCCUACACUGGUCCUUCGGAUGCAUCCGUGUUGGGGCCGACCGAUUCCAUGCGUCAGGGCCCUGAGAUGACGUACCGCUACAUAGACACAACCAGCUCAGUCACUGCGGCACCUCCAACUACUACUCGUCGCGACAUGCCCACCCUUAACAGCGGUGGCAUAUCAUCCUACCCGCUUGGCCAUAGCAACACGCAUUACAUGACGCACCAAUCUGCAGCUUACAUGGUGCCUCCUGGCGAUCUUGGAAGCGUUGGGACAGACGCCGCCGCGGACAGCUACCGCAAGGCCACGGGGACGCUGCGAGCUUGA